AUGGCGCUCGAAUUCCACAGUUUUGCCGAUGCAAAGCCAUUCAAGUUCCUUGUCGGUAAGGCCGGCAAGCCCUUCUUCGUCCACGCUAAACUUGCGUCUCAUCAAUCGAGUACCCUGGCCACUCUGAUCGAUGGUGCAAUGGUGGAAGCGGAGAGAGAAUUUGCCGUGUUUGACGAUGUGGAAGAGAAGACCUUCAUCCGCUUCAUGGAGUUCGCCUAUACCGGCGACUACUCUGUUGCAGAACCCGUUGUGGUCCCUCACCAGCCAGACAUUGACGUUGAGAAUGGAGAAGACAGCAGAGGAGGUUCUGUCUCUCCGAAGAUGACUGAUGAUCCAGACGCAUACCCACCUGAUGUCCUCGAAGAGGUGCAAGUUGAAGAACCCGACUUCGACUUUCCCCCGCCUCCGCGGAAGAAAGACAAGAAGAAAAGGAUUACGGACCCCUGGGCCUUCAGCGGAGAUGAACCGGCCGCCCCCGAACCACCGAAGAAAUCAAAGGGUGAACAGCUCUGGGAAUCUUUUCAAGACGAAGCCAUCGUAAGAGCUCCGAGUCCCUGGAGGCCGACCACCAACUCGGACGAUUCCGAGGACUACACAUUGGUCUUCCUCUGCCAUGCCAAACUUUACGUGUUUGCAGACAAAUAUAGUGUCGAACCGCUACUGAACCUCGUUCUGCAGAAGCUCCGACUCAAUCUGUCAAGGUUUAUCCUGCAUUCGCGACGGAUUGGAGAUGUUGUCGAACUCUUACAGUAUGCGUACGAGAAUACGGCGGAUUAUCGGGACGGAAUCGACCGAUUGCGCGAUAUGGUGACUGAUUAUGUGGUCUGCCAUCUGGAAAAGAUUGUGGGACAUAGUGACUUUGGUAAACUUCUGAAGGAGAACGGGGAUGUGGCCAAGGAUCUCAUGCCCAAGCUGGUACGACGGCUGGACUAA